CUCAGCUCCGGCCCCUGCUCGGAGCUGCCUGAGGAUGAAACUACAAUUCCCAGGAUGCCACUCGGAACGGAGUCAGGAACCGGAAGUAGAACUGGAGCGCGCCGCUGCCGCGGCAGGUGGUGACGGGAACAGGACUAAGCACAUGGACUGGAAACUGGAUGGGAGUACUCAGAAAAUAGAGUCUCCUAUGCUGCAGGGGCAUGAAGGUGUCUUUGAGGACAGAGGUGAAGAUGGGAUCUCUGAAAGCUUCCAGCUUUUACAGAUAGAUGUGGAAUGCGAGUGUCAGGAAGAACAGAUCCUGCCCACAGGCAGUGCAGCAUGGUGCUCGAAAAAUGUCCAGAGAAAACAGAGACACUGGGAAAAAGUAAUUGCAGCAAAGAAGAGCAAAAGAAAGCAAGAAAAAGAAAGAAGAAAAGCCAAUCGUGCAGAAAAUCCAGGCAUCUGCCCUCAGCACAGCAAACGUUUUCUGAGAGCUUUAACCAAAGAGAAACUUUUGGAAGCCAAACACUCAGGACCAAGACUAUGUAUUGAUUUGAGUAUGACCCACCACAUGUCAAAGAAGGAAUUAAGUAGACUGGCUGGACAGAUCCGAAGAUUGUAUGGUUCAAACAAAAAAGCUGACAAGCCAUUUUGGAUCUGCCUCAGUGGAUUCACAACAGACAGUCCCCUGUAUGAGGAAUGUUUGAGGAUGAAUGAUGGAUUUUCUAGUUACCUGCUAGACUUAUCAGAAGAAGACUGUUUUAGUUUAUUUCCUCUGGAAACCCUUGUGUACCUGACUCCUGACUCAGAACACGCUCUUGAAGAUGUUGAUCUAAACAAAGUUUACAUCCUUGGUGGACUUGUUGAUGAAAGCAUUCAGAAGAAGGUGACAUUUCAAAAGGCCCAGGAAUACUCCGUCAAAACAGCCCGUUUACCAAUCCAGGAAUACAUGGUCAGAUGCCAAAAUGGGAAAAACUAUCAUUCAAAGAUAUUGGCCAUCAAUCAAGUGUUUGAUAUCCUGUCUACUUAUUUUGACACUCACAACUGGCCUGAAGCAUUGAAGAAAGGAGUUUCUUCAGGAAAAGGCUAUGUUCUUCGGAAUUCGUUGGAAUGACAAGCAGCCUAAGAUUGCGGUUUCAAGAGCGAAGCUAGUGGUGCCUUGUCCAAAGAGCAGGGCAGAGGGUGGCAAUGGCACACACUUGCCUUUACUUGACAUCUUGAAUCUUCAAUAAGCUACUAAAACAGAGACCAUAUUUUAUGCUCUUUUCUAUCUCCCAUAGUGCCUGGCUCACGGGAAGUACCCAGAUAUAUAUUCAGUAAAAACAGUUUACAUAACAAGGAAUUAGCCCCCAAACCACAUGGUUUUGGAAGUGUUAAUUCAUCUUUUGUACAUCUAUCUCUAUUUGUGAAAGACCUCCUCUUUGGAGAUAUUUUUUUCUUAGAGAUUGUUUAAAUAAAUAAUUAUUGUUA